AUGGCUUCCUUUUCCUUCUCUAUUUGCAGCUCGUUCCUCAUUAUCUUGUUUUUAUUGGGAAGGGUUUCUGCUAAUCUAUCAAAUGAGUACUUUUAUUCUGCUUCAUGCCCAAAAGCCCUCAAUAUAAUUCAAAGGGAAGUACGGAAAGCAGUGGCAAAAGAGCCUCGCAUGGGAGGCUCAUUGCUCCGCCUCCAUUUUCACGAUUGCUUUGUCAAUGGUUGUGACGCAUCUGUAUUAUUAGAUGACACAACAAACUUCAUAGGAGAGAAGAAUGCAGCACCGAAUAAGGAUUCGGUGAGAGGAUAUGACGUGAUUGACAAAAUAAAAGAAGAACUAGAAAAAGAAUGCCCUGGAGUUGUCUCAUGCGCUGAUAUUUUAGCAGUUGCUGCUCGUGACUCCGUUGCUCUAUUUCCAUUUCCAACAUGGAGAGUGGAAUUAGGCAGAAGAGACUCAAGGACAGCAAGUGCAAAUAAUGCGACCACAGACCUCCCUUCUCCCAUCUCAAAUCUUACAGGCCUUAUAUCUAGCUUCUCCAGAAAAGGCUUUACCACUCAAGAAAUGGUUGUUCUCUCAGGAGCUCACACAAUCGGUAAAGCACGUUGCCUAUCAUUCAGGGAUCAUAUCUACAACGACACAAACAUAAAUCCAUUUUUUGCUACAUCAUUGAAGAGAAAGUGUCCAAGAAAGGCUGGGGAUGGGGACAGUAAACUUGCUCCUCUUGAUGUAACAACCAAAAACACUUUUGACAACAAUUACUUCCGGGAUUUGGUGAAUAAAAAGGGUGUUUUGCACUCUGACCAACAGCUCUUCAACAACGGCCCAACUGAUAAUCUGGUCAGACUCUACAGCAGGAGCCCACAACUGUUUCUGAAAGAUUUUUCGAAAGCCAUUGUCAAGAUGGGAAGACUCAGCCCUCUCACUGGUUCUGCUGGAGAGAUCAGACGCAAGUGCAGCAAAAGAAACUAA